AUGACACUGUUCCGAAACGGGACUAGUGCGCACUUUACGCGUCCAGCGCGUAUUUGGGAUGCCACCCCCAGCUCCACCGAAUCGGGUGACGUUUCGGCUUCAACGUGCGAUAUCGCUCUUCGGGAACCCACUGAAUUGCAGCGGCCAACGGCGACGCACAUUAUGGCGGGGACGAACACCAUCUACUCUGCUACCUACAGCAGUGUCCCGGUGUAUGAAUUCAAGCUCGGCACUGACAGUGUCAUGAGAAGGCGAGCAGAUGAUUGGGUCAAUGCAACACACAUUCUCAAAGCUGCGGGGUUUGAUAAGCCUGCACGAACGCGCAUCCUCGAACGUGAGGUCCAGAAGGGGGUACAUGAGAAAGUCCAGGGAGGCUAUGGCAAAUAUCAGGGAACAUGGAUUCCACUUGCAGAAGGCCGACAGCUUGCGGAACGCAACAACAUCCUUGCAAAACUAGCCCCGAUUUUCGAUUAUGUUGCUGGAGACCACAGUCCCCCACCCGCGCCGAAGCACACAUCAGCCCCGUCCAAACCUAGAGCACCGAGGAAAUCGGCUGCUGCAAACCGUGCUGCUGCUGCCGCCGCAGCUGCUGCCGCGGUAGCAGCUUCAGAGAGCUUGAAAGUUGUUCAACCUCAGCGCAGCAUGGGUCCCCCAACCAUUCCACAAGACCACUAUGAAAUGAAUGCAGGAUUCGACGAUAACGAGUCAAUCGGGCACGCCACAAUUGAAUCAUCAUCAAUGGUCGCAGACGAGGAUAUGCUUCAAAUGUCACAUGGCGGGCGGAAGCGGAAGCGUGGAGUGGAAGAGGCAACCGCUAUGUCCAUCAGCGAGCAAGAACACAUAAUCUACGGCGAUCAACUUCUGGACUAUUUCAUGACCGUGGGUGAUGCACCAGAGGCAACACGCAUUCCUCCUCCCGAACCCCCUGCUCAUUUCCAAGUCGACCGAGCCAUCGAUGAUUCGGGGAAUACAGCACUCCACUGGGCAUGUGCAAUGGGUGACUUGGGAAUUGUGCAAGAUCUUCUGCACAAAGGAGCUAACGUCAAGGCACUCUCGGAGCAUGAAGAGACCCCACUUGUCCGAGCUGUUCUGUUUACCAAUAAUUACGAAAAGAGAACGUUUCCGACUCUCUUAGAUAUGCUUCUGGACACUGUCUCGUUCCGAGACUGGUUCGGUGCGACUAUCUUCCAUCACAUUGCAGAAAAUACUCGAAGCAAGGGAAAAUGGAAGAGCUCACGUUAUUACUGCGAAAUACUUCUCGAUAAGUUGUGCAAGACAUGCUCGCAAGAUGAGAUCCAAAUGUUGUUGUCAUGUCAGGAUCAGAAUGGAGACACCGCUGUCUUGGUUGCUGCCCGCAACGGCGCGUUCCGACUGGUGAACAUCCUUCUUGUGCAUUGUCACCGCGCUGGCGAUUUGGUGAAUAAUAAAGGCGAAACUGCUAGCAGUAUCGCACAGCGUUCUCAACAUCAUGACCAUGACAUCCCGCCAGCCCCAUCUUCUGUCACCAUGGCCAAUGAACACAUGGAUGCUGAAGCAGCUGGUCUUGUGGGCACAGAUUCACAGUCCGUUGCUCCAAUCUCAGAUGCCCCUGCGACGUCUGAGCUCCUCUCCAAGAUUGGGACAAUCAUGGCUGAGGCCAAUAAAAAGCUUGCCGUGACCUAUGGAAACUCAAAGAUCAAUCAACAAGAUUCUAAUGACGUCGCCAAUCCAGAAGCGUUGCACGAGCAAUUGGAAUCCGACCGUCAGAAGAUCCAGAAGCAGCUCUCUGCAUUGGCAGCUAAGGAGGCCGAGCAUGAGCGCAGCGACGACCAAGCUGGUCGAUAUGAAAAAUUGCGGGCAAGCUAUGAGUCGCUUCUUGAACAAAUCCAACAUGCUCGGUUGGCUGAACAGUUUGCUAUCACCGACGUACCUAAACCUACCCCAGCGUCACUUGAGCAAGACGAAUUAAUGGCUCGGUAUCGACUCGCUCAAGAGCUCUGCUCUGCGCAGAAGAUACGUCGCAAUGCCAUCAAGGAUUUAGCCCAACAAACAGCGGAUGCGGGUGUGAGCACCAAGUUCGAUAUGCACCGCAAGCUGGUGGCCUUGGCGACCGGACUCAAAGAAGAAGAUCUGGACCCUAUGGCUGCGGAGUUGGCUGAGACGUUGGAAUUUGACCGAAUGAACGGCAAGGGCACCACUCCCGAAUUAGGCCAUCGACGAUUACCAUCCCAGAAUGAGUCGGCCACUCUUCCUGGAACCGGUGUCCCAGUGGAUGCUUAG